AUGGCCAACAACUCCUUCCCUAGGUCCAUUGAAAGCACAACCAAGGAAGGUGACCAUGAGUCCAUAUUGUACGCCGAAACUGAUAACGGUUGGACUCAUGAUGGAAGGAGUGACUUCGGUCAUGACUUCACCGAUAUUCCACCAGGCAACAUCAGCUCGGAUAUUCCUGAUCUAAUCGACUUGUCUGAUCCCGAAGACAGCACUCCCAGCAAGGGACCCACUGAAAGCAUUCCUCUCACCUCCGACAAGUGCAACCUCAAAGAGUCUAUAGACUGUCAUUUUCCAGUCUUAUUCGAGAAAAUAGAGGGUCCUUCAUCGAAAGAGAGCCCGCACCCAAAAGGGUUCCUGGAUCCUGAGUCUCCUCCUUUUGAACCAUCCAAGAUGUGUCUCCUCGAUCAAGAACUGCUGCCGUCAUGUCACUCCUCUGACACUGAUGGCCGACAAAACCGCACCACAGAGCACGACCAAGUGGCUAUCCUACAAGCUCAUAUCAAAACGUUAGAAAACGAACAUGAGACUUUGAAGCGCGAGAACGAUAGCCUCAGUACCGUAAAUGAGGUCUUGCAGCAUAAGACCUGCCAACUUGAGGUGUACAUCGAGACCCUGCGAGAUACGGUUGCCGAAGCACAACUUCUGCGAACAAGGGCUCAAAAGUUCGCAGUUGAGCUCAGUGAGAAGAAUGCAAAUCUCAGAGCUUCUCUAAACCAACUGCAGAACGAUUACGACGAAGUAAAGCCACAGGUAGCUGAGUACAAGAAGAAACUUCAUGGAGCCACGAAAAGUAUUGAUCCUUUACAAAAACAGCCACAAGACGUCCAGAACCGUCUUCUCAACGUGACGGAACAUGUCAGAGAGAUUGAACACUUCUUUAGAAACGAUUUGGACAAUAAUCCUCAGGACAUAGAAGCUUUUGCUUCUGUCGGUCUCUUCCCCAGCGGCGCCGGUCAAAAGUACGAUUCUGCCGGAUUUCGUCAAACCCAAACAUUGAUUUCCUCCAAUGAGUUCUUUCCAAAGCCAAUGAUUACUUCCUGUGCUCGGCUCACUGGACUCCAAAACAAUGGUGGAGGAAACAAAAGCCAAGGACCACAGCCUGUCGAGGCGCCCAACGAUGAUUUCAACGCCAGCAACAUGAAUAGGAAGGACAGCCCAUCUCAGCCUGGCGAGUCUCAGAGUCGCACCGGCUCUACCCUUGACGGUAUUGAAUGGAGCCCUGGCUCUGGCAAAAUCUGGGCCACCGAGGUCGAGAAAGUCCAGGCUGUUCGUAAUCACCAGGGAGCUCGACCCGACAUUCAAACACCCAGUAUGUUCAGAUAUGGCAUUCGGUUCGUGCGGCAGCAUAUUGUGCAGAAGCUAAUUACAGAAGAUGGCAUUCCAGACGUUGCGUCUCGGCGGAUCAUCAUGUCAGGUGUCCCCGAAGGUGUCCACAUCCGGCAAGUUUUGGAGCACGUUCGAGGCGGUCGGGUUCUCAAGGCUCACAUCAUAACUAUGGGAGACGGCACAGACCGCCACAGGGCAGCCUACAUCGAGUUCGGCAAUGCAGGGGAUGCUAUGGACUACUACCGCUUCACUCGACGCCGCGAGUUCGGUUUCAUCGUCGACGACGCGUCGAUCAGAGCCCGAAUUAUGCUUCCCGCCACCGAUUCUUUCCCUCUGAGCGACAUUCAGGAGGCUCAAUUAGCUCAAGGGUGUACCCGCUGCCUAGCCGUAAGUGGCUUUCCAGUUUUCCAUUUGCCAACUCUCUUCGAAUCCGCGGGAGCUUUCCGCAAGUUUGCGGACAACAUUACUCACUUCAGCUACUCCGAUGACGGAAGCUUCGAAAUCUCAUUUUCUGACAUCCAGUCUGCCCUUGGCGUCCGUGACAGCAUCCUUUGCUCCAGCUUUUAUGGUGGAACUCAGUGUAAAAACGCUGUUGUCUUCAAAGAAGACCCUUGCGAUGCACCUCUUGACACUCUUCAAGUGCCUUUUCUUCCCAUCAAACCCUUGCCGGACUUUUCAAUUCUGGACCCGAAAAUCGCCCCAUUAUUUAUGACCGAAGAGGGACAAGACAUUGAGGUCGACCACGCGAAGAGAGACGUUACAGGGCCCAUCACCGAGACUCCUCGAGUCGUCCACGAGCAAGAUCUUAGAAAGGGCAUCGUUUGGGAGAAAGCGGCGAACUGGGACGAAAUACCAACCUAUGAUGCUUACGACCACGAACAGAGACGAGUAGUUUCGCACCAAAAGGAUCCCGAAUCCGGAGCAAUUCGAACACUUUACCACGGCAGUUGGGUCAUGUCGCCAGAUGAGUCACGCAAGAUGUGGCUUCAUUACAAUCAAGACAGCCCCGACCCUUGGACUCAGGGCACAGCGGAUCUUUUCUAUAAUGCGACUGGUGAUAUCGACAUGCGCAAGUGCAUCGUCGACGAUGGGGGACUCUACGGAGACGCCGAUCAAUGGAUGAAGACCCCAGAUUCAUCUCCGCCCGAGGGAGAGAGUCUGACACCCAUUGGGACCCCUUCGACUGUACCUCCUCUCUCUGAGCUCACCGAAGGUCUCAUAAACGUUCAUGAUACAUCGAGGAAUGUGCCUGCGGGCGUCUAUAGCAACAACAUUGGUAGCAACUCCGGAUACACCAGCCCUUCGUCUUAG